UAUCAGUACUCUCACGCUCUUCGUAUUCUCCGUCCCUUCCCUGCUAUUUUAACCCCCUUUCCCUUCUCCUCCUCUACCCCAUCCCUCUCUGCCACAUUCAUUCUCACUCACUUUCUCUCUCCGCUUCUUCAAUGGCUUCCAUCACUGGAUCAUCCGUCUCCUUCAAGUGCGCCCCUCUUCAGUCCUCGUUUCACUCCAAGAACUAUGCGCUGAAGUUGUCAGUGUCAUGGAGGAGAACUCCAGUGAUGCCACGUGGCCUAAGUGUCUCUUGCGCUGCCAAGCCCGAGAUGGUAACAAAGGUCAGUGAUAUAGUGAAAAGUCAGCUUGCUUUGGCAGAGGAUGCUAAAGUUACCGGUGAAACAAAAUUUUCAGAAAUUGGAGCCGAUUCUCUUGACACAGUUGAGAUUGUGAUGAAGCUCGAGGAGGAAUUUGGGGUUACCGUUGAGGAAGAGAAUGCUCAAACCAUUACAACUAUUCAAGAAGCGGCAGACAUGAUCGAGGCACUUCAACAAAACAAGUAGAUUAUAGGUUUCUCAUCCAUGGAUGGGAAAUGAGCACUUGAAAUUUUUCUAAUCUGUUUUCUUUUAGAUUUAGACGUUGUCUUGUAUGUUUAGUGGUAUUCAGCAUAUAUAUACUCCUAUCUUAUAUACAUAUGGAGUAUAAGAUGAAUGAAAAUCCUAAUAUUCAUGAAAAUGCACCAUUGUUGAAGGUUUGAGGCUCAACUUUCUAUUUAUCACAUAACCAUUUUGUUAUUA